CGGAAGCUGAGCAGGGACGCGGAGGGCCGGAAGCUGGGGCACGGACCGCUGAGGGCGGGUUUCUGUCGGCCGCUGGCCGGCCUCCCAGACCGGUGCCGUCGCGCCAUGAAGUUUCGCGCUAAGAUUGCGGACGCCGCCUGUCUGAACCACUUCACGCGCGUCAGCUGCAUGGUGGCCAAGCUCGCCCGCACCUGCACCCUGCGCAUCCGCCCGCACACGCUCAACUUCAUCCUGGCCGACUCCGCGGCUGGCGGUGGGGUCAGCAUGUGGUGCGAGCUGCCCCAGGAGAACUUCUUCAGCGAGUUCCAGAUGGAAGGGGUCUCCGAGGAGAACAAUGAGAUCUACGUAGAGCUCACGGCCGAGAACCUCUCUCGGGCCUUGAAAACCGCGCAGAAUGCCAGGGCCUUGAAGGUCAAGCUGACCAACAAGCACUUCCCCUGCCUGACAGUCUCCAUAGAGCUGGUGUCUGUGUCGAGCAGCAGUCGCAUGGUGACCCACGACAUCCCCGUAAAGGUUAUUCCCAGGAAACUGUGGAAGAAUUUACAGGAACCGGCAGUCCCAGACUCUGAUGUUAGUAUUUAUAUGCCGGUCUUGAAGACGAUGAAGAGCGUUGUGGAAAAAAUGAAAAAUAUCAGCAAUCAACUUAUUAUUGAAGCAAACCUCAAUGGAGACUUGAACUUGAAAAUAGAAUCGGAACUAGUGUCUGUUACAACUCAUUUUAAAGAUCUUGGGAAUCCGCCAUCAGCCUCUGAAAACGAGUCUGAGGACCGCAGCCCCGAGCAGAUGGCGGAGGUGCAGGUGGACAUCAGGAAGUUCCUGCAGUUUCUUGCUGGACAACAAGUGAACCCCACCAGGGGCAUCUGCAGGCCGGGGAUGAUUGGGGGCCUGGGUUCAGAGGUGACAGAGAUGUUGUGAGUCACAAGAUGGUGCACUUUGACCUGCUCCAUGAGGAUGUGUCCCUGCAGUACUUCAUCCCGGCCAUGUCCUAGCACUGCCAGCUGCAUGGAGCCCCGAGGCCGUUCCAUGACCGGAGAGGCAUGGGCGAUGUGCUCAUCAUUUGUCCCUGUCCUCACAGCAGCACAAAUUCUGUACAUUUCCCUUAUUUUUUCCUUUAUGAUAGUUUAACUAGAAAUUAAAUUAAUGAAAUAGUUGAAUAAACAUGUUACUUCA